CUGCGUCCCCCAGGCCUGGUGCUUCUGGGGCUCGGUGGAUCCCAUCUGCCAGCCGGGGCGGGGCCUCGGUGCUGACCGGAGCUGGCUCCCAAGUCCGGAAGCUGGAGAUUCGGAGAUCCCGAGACAUGGCCGACCUUCGCCCUGCAGAGAUCCAGAAAGAAGUUCAGAACUACUACGGCAAGGUGCUGAGGACAGCUGCAGAUCUCCAGUCAAACGCCUGUGUCACUAAAGCCAGGCCGCUCCUCCAGCACAUCCGGGAUGCCCUGCAGAACGUACACGAGGAAGUCACCUUGAGGUAUUAUGGCUGUGGUCUGGUCAUCCCUGAGUGCCUAGAAAACUGUUGGAUUUUGGACCUCGGCAGUGGAAGUGGCAGAGAUUGCUAUGCGCUUAGUCAGCUGGUUGGUGAGAAAGGGCAUGUCACUGGAAUAGACAUGACUGAAGGUCAGGUGGAAGUGGCUAAAAAGUAUCUCAACUACCACAUGGAAAAAUUUGGCUUCCAGACAUGCAAUGUGACUUUCAUUCAUGGCUGCAUUGAGAACUUGGCACAGGCUGGAAUCCAGAAUGAGAGCUACGAUAUUGUUAUAUCAAAUUGUGUUAUUAACCUUGUGCCAGAUAAACAGCAAGUUCUUCAGGAGGUGUAUAAGGUGCUGAAGCAUGGUGGAGAGCUGUAUUUCAGUGACGUGUAUGCUAGCCUUGACUUGCCAGAAGAAAUCAAGACACACACAGUUUUAUGGGGUGAAUGCCUGGGUGGUGCCUUGUACUGGAAGAACCUUGCCAUCCUUGCCCAGAAACUUGGGUUCUGCUCUCCACGUUUGGUCACUGCCAAUUUCAUUACAAUUCAAAACAAGGAACUAGAAAGCAUUGUUGGUGACUGUCGUUUUGUUUCUGCCACUUUUCGCCUCUUCAAACUCUCUGAGACAGCACCAGCCAAAAGAUGCCAAGUUAUUUACAAUGGGGGAAUCACAGGAUAUGAAAAAGAACUAAUGUUGGAUGCAAAUUUCAUAUUCAAGAAAGGUGAAAUUGUUGAAGUGGAUGAAGAGACAGUGGCUAUCUUGAAGAAUUCACGCUUUGCUCAAGAUUUUGUUUUCAGACCAAUUGAAGCGAAGCUGGAACCUGGAAGUUAUUCUACAUUAGAAUCAAAGGUUCUUAUCACAGAUCCAUUCAAGCUCGCAGCAGAAUCUGAUAACAGAAAGCCAAGCUGUGCACCUGAUGUUGCUGGGGGCUGCUGUGGCAAGAAGAAAAGCUGCUAAAUCUACAGCAGAAAAAAAGAGCUCACCACAAGUGGGCAGGGGGCUAAAAAAUGAGGCAUAUAUUUUUUAACCUGCACAUACCCACAGCAAAGAGCAGAGAAAUAAAUGGGAAAGGGCACUGUAUUAGAGUUCAAUGAUGAAAAUAAGUGAGUGAUUUUUUUUUAAAGUCUCAAUUAAAGGUUCAUAGCAAAUCCA